AUGUCAUCGGACAUCAGAGUCUUUGUGAGAUGGAAAGACCAGACAAUAUUCGCAGGAGAAGAUGUGGAAUGCACUAUCACCUUCAAGAACGUGGCGGAGAGUAGCAGUGAAUCCAACAAUCCCAAUGGAUCCAUGCAUCAGAGAAGGCCAUCGCGGCCGGCUACGGCAAACGCCAAAUCGGGAUCGUAUUUCUCAUUGAAAUCUCCCGCCGGCCUCUUUUCCCAUCAGAAUCGACGCUCCUAUCCUCUCAGCCCUCGAAAGAUACCUACGGACCAUUCUCACCGUGUGUCCUCAUCAUUGAGCUCCCCCUUCGGCGCCCCUUCGCAUAGCUUCCCUCCGGCUCAUUCUCCCCCUACUUCUCGCAAUUGGCAGUUGCCGAAUCACAAACAUAAACGGUCCGUUUCUAUCCUUUCGAUAGAGAGCGAUGGAGGGAGCGAGAAGACCGCGGCGUCCUCUCCGUUCAGUCGAUAUAGACCCACAAGGUAUCAUGGGCGUUCUGCUAGCCUGCAUGUCCUUCCAAGGAGGAAUGAUGAGGACAGCCCUGUGAAAGCUGGCCGAUACAAUACACAACAAGGCUUUCCGCCUUUCGAUUCUUCUGUUGAUCGCCCUGUGAAAGCUAACCCUGCGGCACCUGGGAUAUCGAGCCCUGGGGGGUUGGCUGAGCCAUCGCAUCCAACCGCCCGAAGGCCUAUUCCACCCGCCCAGGAUUUCAAAUUCCCGCCGGCCCCUCCAGCUGCGAAUGGCGAAACUGUAUUGUCUCCUUUACCAGGCAAAUCUCCCGCCAGGGAGGCCUUGGCUCCGCCCGUACCUCGAUUUACUCGAAUAAUCUCCAGCUCAAGUCAAAAUGGUAGCAAUAGGAGCAGCGGAGAGUUUUACUCAAUGAGCGGCAACUCUACUGAAACCCUUGAAUCAGAAUAUACAAACUAUUCGUCAGCUGGUCCGCGCCCCAAACCUACCACCCGUCACACACGCGGCUUUUCCACUGUGGAACCUCCCGGGAAGUUCAUCAAAAGCCAGGCAUUACUUAUGGGGUAUGCACAGAUAAGCGCCUCGUUUACUGUUGAUGGCUCGUUAGUCAACCAGUCCGCUUUUGAAGAAGUCAAGCGGAAAGCGGUAGUUGGCACUCAAGGGAGCGGCGGGGUCUCCAGAAAUGGAGAUUCUGGCGGUCACGGCAAAUCUCGCAAAAGUGGUGGGCUUUGGGGCGCCUUAGGAUUGGAUAGCAUCGAAGAGUCCAUCAGUAGUCUCCUUUCUAAGAACAGCCUAGAUGGCUUGAGGGAUAUGCGCGGAGUUUCAUCUUCGAGGUCUAUACCGCUGCUCUCGACAAACCAGUCACUUCUCUUCGUGGAUCUUCGUCUAGCACCUGGAGAAGAACAGUCUUAUAUGUUUACGUUCACUCUACCCCGAGGUCUGCCGGCCAGUCACAAAGGGAAAGCCAUUAAAAUAUCCUACAAUCUUAUCAUUGGCACACAGCGACCUAGCGGUCCUAAUGAGCCUCAGCGCGUCAACCGAAUAAAUAUACCAUUCCGCGUGUUCAGCGGGGUUAAUGGGCAAGGAGAAAUCCUUGGUCAUGAUCUCAUGGCCCCCUAUACGAUCCUUCACGGCGAAGCGAAAGUACAAAAAGUCGGACCGUCUAGUACGCCAUAUAGUGCGAAACAAAAAAGCAUCAGCGGACCACAGUGGAAAUCAGCUCCAGAAUUCCUAUCAUACGUGGAUGAAAUCCUGGAAGGUCAUCCCCUCUAUGAAAAAGCGCUGAUUUCCCCUGACUCCAAAUCGGUAAGACGAUUGAACAGCAAUGACACCCUUGCAACCCCUCUUUCCUGCAAGGAUGCGAUAGACCUGGCCAUUCUUCGAAGCAAUCAUGUGCAAUCAGCACGCAGUCCGAACCGGUUCGAGAUUUCUCGAAACGGCCGCCGCGUCGCUGUUGUGGUGCUAAAUCGCCCUGCUCAUCGCCUGGGUGAAACAGUUCUCGCGACGGUAGAUUUUGAGGGCGCUUCACUUCCCUGCUACGCUCUCCGUGCCAUGCUGGAAUCCUCAGAGAAGGUCGCCCCAACCUUGGCUGUCCGGUCAGAAGCCAGCAUCUAUCGAACCACCCGGAAGGUCCAUGCAUCAUGUUUCGAGAAUACCCUAUAUUCCACCCGAGUCGUGUUUACCCCUGCCAUCCCCAUUUCCGCAACGCCUACCAUAUUAACCUCCGGAGUGAAGCUGAAGUGGGAAUUACGCUUCGAAUUCAUCACUAGUUCUAAUAAUACCACUUUGCAUGAAGACAGAGGUUUCGAACCCCCCACUACUGCUUCCGGCGCGGGCCUCCUAGAACCCAUCUCCAGCAAUGAUCGAGGCACUAUUCUGGCCGCCCUGGAGAACCUGCCGUGCGAGUCCUUUGAGAUCUCCAUUCCCCUUACCGUUUACGGUGAAACCGUGAGAGAGCUAUUACCAGAAGAGAACGACGGGUAUCCUAUAUAAUUGAAUGAAAGCCGAGGGUGUGUCAUGUGUAUGACUUUUUUUUCUUCACCCCCCUUUUUUGAAUUCUUCCCAGAAGUGUAGCUGGAGCUGGGGCGUUGUCUUCCAUUUUCUUCCAAGGUUCCAAGUUACCUGAAAAAUAUCGGUAACUGAUUGGUGUUUUGGGUGUCAGUCAAUCAAAAUUAAGAUCCGCUUUCAUUUGUUCAAAUAUGUUUCUUCCUUUUUUCUUAUCUUUUUUUUGUUGGACAUUCCUUCUUGUCUAAUGUGUGUAGAUAUCAAAAUCUGCCCCUGUAUUGUAUGUAGAUGGAGAGAGGACGACAAAAAGAAAGGGCAUAGCUUACAUGAGAUUUGGAAUGGACUGCAGUGGGAUAUGAUAUGUGAACAAGACAUACUAAUGCUUCUUUGUCUCCCUCAAGGGAGACAAUGUUAUUAUAUCCAUUGUUUUAUGGAGUAUUUCC